AUGGCAAGCAGCGACGAGUUCCUGCGCCCUCCCACCAAUGAAGAAUUUGACGCAACCACCCGUGUACCCUCACAUUAUAAACCUUUGGACACAUUUCGACUGGGAAGCGGCCAGGAUAGGCAUUACCAGCAGCAAUAUGGCGACAUGUACUUCUUGCGGUUGGCAAAACUCAAGCCCGCAGUUGAGGAGAUUGCAGUCGAAGCAUGGGAAGGUUUUAGUAUCGCUGGAGAAAAUGCGCGCCGCGUGGAGAGAGUCCUCGACGUGAGGCAGGGAGAGCUUUGUUGGGUCGCAGGAACGAUAUACAUGGACAUGCCAUUGAAGCCGAAUAUUUUGGACGAUCUUACAAAAGAGAACUAUACGUUAGCACCACCUCCGCGGCCGACUUACCAAGAUCCUGCUCAUCCGGAGUUGACUCAAAUUAUGUUGGAAGACGAGUCCGGCCGACUGCGCCUAACUGGGAGCAUGCUCCGGAACACGCAGUUAUGCACAGGAGCCAUCAUUGCAGUCCUGGGAACCGAGAACGCAAAUGGAGAUUUCGAGGUUAUAGAUACCAAAGUGCCUGAUCUACCACAACAACCCCGCCGAUGGGGGAGCGAUACACUGGACGCACCAACGGGAGCCAUGAAGGGUAAGAUCGCAUUUGUGAGCGGCUUAGGGAUCACCGGAACUUCGAGCGAUACUCUUGCUUUGGAACUUUUGGCAGACUAUUUGCUUGGUUAUACCGGUGGUGCUUCUGAAGGUGCACUGCCCGAUGCUUCUGCAAUCACUAGGUUGAUUAUUGCGGGAAAUUCAGUUGGAGCGAGCAUGACUACGGAUGUCAACGCCGAUAGCGCUACAAAGAAAAGGACCGGUCCGAAGAAGUACGGAUAUGAUGCUUCUGCUUAUAAUGCAUCGCCUAUUACGCGACUUGAUUCUUUCCUAGCAGAGAUCCUGCCUAGUAUGCCCGUCACACUUAUGCCAGGCGAAUCUGACCCGGCAAACUUUUCUCUCCCUCAACAGGGAAUCCACCGUGCUAUGUUCCCACAGGCUAGGGCAUACUGUGCUCCGCCUCCUGCUGGUGAGGACAAGAAAGAGCCAGGUUGGUUCGACAGUGUAACGAACCCGUGGGAAGGGGACGUGGAAGGAUGGCGACUAUGGGGCAGCAGUGGUCAGAAUGUGGAUGACAUCCUCCGGUAUUUGAAUUUCGCAGAUGAGGAAGGGAAUGUGGCCGAUGGUGCUGGAGAUUCAGAGGCGAGGAUGAGGGUCAUGGAGGCUAUGCUGCGCUGGAGAUGUGGAGUUCCCACCGCGCCCGAUACACUAUGGUCCUAUCCAUUCCAAACACAUGAUCCAUUCGUUAUACAAACCUGCCCGCAUAUUUUCUUUGCUGGCAACCAGCCACAGUUCAAGACAGCUGUAAUUGAGGAUGACGAUAACACAUCUGGGCCUCGUGUGCGCCUUCUAUCUAUACCCAAGUUCAAGGAAACCGGAGAACUAGUUUUGGUCGACACCGAGACCCUCGAGGUGGAAGUGGUGAAGUUUAGCACAUUUGCCGGACAACAAGAGCAACAAUAA